AUGUCCGCAAUGGACGGCAUGCAAAUGCCCAACGGAGAGGAGAUCGCGAGUAUUCUGUCGAGCAAAGGUCCCGUGGUGAAGUGUGUUCUUCUUAAGCAUAUGCGACCAACAGGGCGCGAUGUCAAGCCUCACCCGGCUAGUCCAAAAGCUGCGGAGGAGCAUAAACGAGAAGUCCUCGUUGAGUUAAUUGAGGAAAUCGAAAUUGAUACCACCCCAUCAAAGAGCGAAGUCAAAAAGGUUCUUGGGGGGCCUUUUACGUUCCUCGGGCAAUAUCCCGACGAAGGGAUAAUAUUGAUGGUGCGAAAGGAUCUUCCCGAUGACCUGGAGAUGCAGUCGACAAAGACGCUUCGCGACCUUUGUUUCGAUACAAAUAUUGACACAAAAUCUAUGGUAGAAAAACAAGAGCUUGUGAGCGCCCUUAUCGAUUCCCAGCUGCCUGUAAAUCCACAUUCGCUACAGCCACCCUUUGAUGGUGUCGUAGUUCGUGGUGACAUUCUCUUGAUGAAAGUUGCCGAAACAGACGAAUUCUUGGACGCGGACGGUCGCUCAAGCGGCGAAGCCAGCAUUGCAAUUCUGUCAAACGAAGACUUCUUCUUGCAUUAUACGAAAGCUCAGUGGGUCGCCUUCGCUUCCCGUACAGACGUCGUUGCCCCGGAAACACCGCAGCAUAACGACGACUCUUCGGCAAGCGAAGAUGAAGAGGGUGAAGAUGACGAAGACUUUGAUCUUCAAGAUGAGGAUGCCAGCGACGAGGACGCUAGUGAUGAGGAUCGCCAAGCAAUGUUAAACUUAAUAAUGGGGGAAGUUUUGAAAAAAUUUCGAUCAGAGAAUGGACGUGGCCCGAACACGGAAGAACUUCUCGAACUGCGGAGUCAGGUUGCCACUCAGCUCGGGGUUGAGGUUGCCAGCAUUGAUGCAGAACAAGACAGAAAGCGAGAAAUCAAAGACGAAGACCGCGCCCAUAUCCAAAAGAAGGUAAAAUUUACUUCGCCUGAGGAAAAGGGAAUCGCAGAAGAAAAAGAUUCGAACGCAGUGGCUGAAAGUCAACCGGAAGAUAAAUAAUUUUCAGACGUUUCAUUCGUCGCCCUUUUAUAAUGAAUGGGUUCUUGGUUCAAAACGUGUGUCUUUAGAAGCAAUUAUAUUCUCAUGUCUCAGGGAGCGCACGCUUUUUAGCAAUCGACGCAUUCUUCCCAAGAUAGAGUCGUGAGGAAUCUAAUGGUCCAUUGGGAACGGCUCCUCCCCCACGCGAUUUUCUUGCUCUCACUGGGACGCUCUUUGAAUGUGUAGGGAUUUCUUGGUCUAGCAGGAACUGUGCGAUACGUUCUUGGGCUUGGAGGAGCUGCUCCAAGAGCUCCAGUUUCUCUUUUUCGUCCUCUGAUUGUUCUGUUAUUUUUCCACCGGUAUCAUUUCCUAAACUUUUUUCCGUCGACGAUGCCUUUUCCUGCGCUAAAGUAAUUUCCUUGACUUGCCUCUUCAAUUCAGCUAUCUCCUCUGCUUUUUUUCGGCUUAGCUCUUCGAUUGCCUGCAAUUUAUCUUCCUCGGUUCUUCGAAGAAAUUCCUGUACAGCUAUGUUUCUUGUUUCCUCUGGUGUACUUCGUAGGAUUGGCAAACGCAAUGAUUUACGUUUGAUAUAUGUGCAGUAAAACCCACUUGAACAUGGAAUAUGCAUCGCAAAAAUUAACACCGCUGUAGUCUUCAUGUUGUUGUAGCCCAACAAAGCCACAACAAUGAAAAUUGCAGAAAUUAGAAAACGGCUUUCGGCUACCCUCUGUCUGC